CGCACGCGCCAGUCGACUCAGUCGACCAUAUUGAAAAUGGCGACGAUAGCCUGCGUGUCGCGACGGGUUUCGUCGUACGCACGAUAUUUUCGCAAUAUCACGCGAGUGUAUGCAACGCGGCGUGUUGACAAUGACUUCAAGAGAUUUCGGAAAGGCGCCGAGCUAUUGGUCAUCGCUUCUGUCACGUUCCUGUUAGCGCAGCAGUAUCUACGACCGAAAGUGGUGCAUGCUUUGAAACCUCGCAAGAGAGAAGAUGACUUCCAUAAAGCGGUAAAGUUGACAACGAGGGAAAGAAGAUUCAUAAAGUUCGCAUCAGUGGCUUACGAUGGUCAAUUAUACAUGACUCCGCAAGACUUUCUUGACAGUGUCAUUGAUGCCGAACCUCGACCGAGGUUAAAGAGGCGCAUAUUGACCGAUCAGGAACUCGAAGUGAUGAGAAAUUCGACUUCUUCGCUACACCAUGGAAAUCCGCACAUGUUCCGAAAUUUACGAGAUAAAGGAAUUAUUUCUUACACGGAGUACUUGUUUCUUCUGUCUAUCCUGACGAAGCCGAAAACUGGUUUCCAAAUCGCCUUCAACAUGUUCGACACCGAUGGAAAUGAAAGAGUCGAUAAAACUGAGUUUCUCGUGAUUCGUCGUUUACUCGGUGGCAGCUUGAAGGAACGAAAACUCGACGAGCUGACGAAACGUGCAUUACGUGCCAUUGCUCCCGACGAAGAGAAUCCAUGCAAGGCAAAGCUUCGCGAAAUUGUCCCGACUAAAUUAAACGAAAUUAUCUCAAAUUCUUAUAUGGAAAAGAUAUUUAGUCACGCGUGGAGGGGUCGUCAUGGAUGCGAAACCAAAGAGGAAUUGGAACAAUUACAGGAACGUCAGAAAACACCGGAAGAGAUUCAAGGCCAAUUUAUUGACGACGAUCAGGGUUUACAGCGACGUCAUGCUGUGGAUACUACAUUGAUGAUACAUUUCUUUGGCAAAGAUGGUACAAAUGAAUUGAGAUAUGAAGAUUUCAAACGCUUCAUGGAGAACUUGCAGCAUGAAAUAUUAGAACUGGAAUUUCAUGAAUUUAGCAAGGGACACAACACGAUUAACGAAUUGGAUUUUGCUAAAAUUUUAUUACGAUAUACAUACCUCGAACCUGACGAGUACGAUAAAUACUUGGAUAAAAUGUUGGAUCGAGCGGACUUGCAUAUUGGUAUCACAUUCGAGGAAUUCCGCCGCUUUUAUCAGUUUUUGAACAAUCUAGACGAUUUUUCUAUAGCGAUGCGAAUGUACACGUUAGCCGAUCAUCCUAUAUCCAAAGAUGAAUUUCAACGAGCCGUAAAAAUUUGUACGGGGACGAUGCUUUCAACUCAUAUAAUCGAUACAGUUUUCGCGCUGUUUGAUGUGGACGGAGAUGGCCAACUCUCCUACAAAGAGUUUAUAGCAAUUAUGAAAGAUCGAUUGCAAAGAGGCUUUAAGUCUCAACAACGUAACGAGGGUUGGGAGGCAUUUAAAUAUUGCGUGAAACAAGAGAUGAAAGCGCCCUAAAGGAAAAUCAGAGGUGCAACAUAAAGAAAUAUGACGAUAAAAACAACGAUGUUAUAUAAACCCCAUAUGUGUAUAAUAAUUGAUUAUUACCGGAUUGUCUUAUAGUUGCCUACCUUCAUACUGAUAUUUAUUUUAAUAAUAAGAGAGAUCUUUUAUGCAUAUUUGAAUCUAUAAUAAUAUUAAUGUUAAUUAUUUGUAUGAGCAAUUAUUAUUAAGUGAUAGAAAACUGAAAGUAUUUUUUUGCAUUCUUAUUAAUAAUAAGUAUCAAAAGUUAUUAUCUUGCUGAUAAUAAAAAUCAGCAAGAAGAUAUUAGAGAUAGAAAUUAGCUUUUUGCGAUGCCUUUAAUGUUAAAUAUUUUAUUCUUGUUACAUCUUCUUAAAUUAUUGUAUAAUCUCGUGAUAAAAAAUGUCUCUCUAGAAUUAUUUGCCUCGCACAAAAGAUUUUCAGCGAUCAGCGAAGUCGUUCUCUAUGUUUACGGAUUACUUAGAAUUCGUGCAAUAUUUGUACCUAUAUAUUUUAUAUAUAUAUAUUUUAUAACAAAUCCGAAACCAUUGUUUUUCUUGGUACAAAAUCAGAAAUCAUUGUUUACUGUUUCCUAUAAGAUUGAUCAUCAAAUAUCUCAAUAAUUAUGUUUAAAGUUAGUAUAUAAAUCAGAUUAUAAGGUAAAUUUUUUUGUAAUUCUCUUGUACUUUAAUUCGUAACAAUUCUAAAUUUUUAAUAUUAAAUUAUCGUAGCUACUAUUUCUUUAAAUAUUAGAACAGUCAUUUUUGUGUAGUUUGAAUUUCAGUAAUAUAAAUGAAGUGCACGAUUUCUGGGAUAUGUAUUCUGUGCAAAUCCAUUGCCAAAAGUUAAAACAUUUAAGCACUACAUAAAUCAUGCGCAUAUUAUAAAUUCUGUUAUUAAAGUGAAAAUAAUAAAGAACCAGUUACUGAAAAA